AUGGGCAUAAUUGGAAAUAGUCUGGUUAUCUGGAUUGCUGGUUUUAAGAUGAAGACAGUCAGCGCUGUUUGGUUUCUCAACCUGGCCAUAGCUGACUUUAUAUUUGAUGCCUUUCUUCCGCUCCAGAUAAUAUCAAUGAUUAUGGAUGGUCAUUGGCCCUAUGGGGCAUUUUUAUGUAAAGUUUACUUUACUGAACAGUUGCUCAACAUGUUUGCUAGUAUAUCAUUUUUAACUGUCAUCAGUAUUGAUCGCUUUGUGUCUAUUGUGUGGCCUUUUUGGGCCAGAAUACAUAGGACAUACAGAUUAGCCAGUACAAUUUCAAUAUUUAUUUGGAUCUUAUCUCUCAUCAUAAGUAUCCCAAACUUUUUAAUUUAUGAUGUUCCAACCCAUGACUGGAAUUUGUCUGUGUGUGACUAUAACUAUGAAUAUUCUCUUAAAUCAGACAUUUUUCUAGAAGCUUUUUUCUACACUAAAUUUGUUCUAAUGUGUGGCAUUCCUUUUGUUUGUGUCAUAGUGUGUAAUAUUCUUAUUGCUUGCAAACUUUGCAGAAUUAAAAGUCAUAGAAAAUCUCGACGACCUUUUAGGGUUAUCACCAUAGUCGUAGUCUGCUUCUUUAUUUGCUGGUUUCCGUACCACUUUUGGUUACCUAUAGCAGAAAAUCUAAGUUUGAAAUAUAUUGCUAUUGUUGAUAUACUAACAUCCACAUUUGAAUGUUUUGGCUCUUCUAACAGCUGUCUAAACCCCAUCCUUUAUUUUAUCAUUGGAAGACAUUACAAAAAAAACUUUAAAAAGCCAUUACUAGGUAUAUUGCAAAAUGCCCUUAGUGAACACGCCUCGAGGGAACAAGAUGACACCACUGAAUCAACUGUUUAG